GUCACAACGUCUCUGCAGUGUGAUGGCAACAUGGGCACUGUCUCCUGGAUGGCCGUUGCCAGGGCGGACAUGUACCUAGCAACAGCCACAGGUGACGACGGACACACCCACACCUGCAGCUCCAACUCCACCGACUGUUCCUUCACCGACCUGCACUGCGCCGAGACCUACGCUGUCACCGUGGUUACCAUGGACAGGGGCUGCUAUAGCGACCCAAGCCCUGACGUUGAACUCAGAACAGGUGCCUGUCCCCCCACCAAUGUCACAACGUCUCUGCAGUGUGAUGGCAACAUGGGCACUGUCUCCUGGACGGCCGUUGCCAGGGCGGACAUGUACCUAGCAACAGCCACAGGUGACGAUGGACACACCCACACCUGCAGUUCCAACUCCACCGACUGUUCCUUCACCGACCUGCACUGCGCCGAGACCUACGCUGUCACCGUGGUUACCAUGGACAGGGGCUGCUAUAGCGACCCAAGCCCUGACGUUGAACUCAGAACAGGUGCCUGUCCCCCCACCAAUGUCACAACGUCUCUGCAGUGUGAUGGCAACAUGGGCACUGUCUCCUGGACGGCCGUUGCCAGGGCGGACAUGUACCUAGCAACAGCCACAGGUGACGAUGGACACACCCACACCUGCAGUUCCAACUCCACCGACUGUUCCUUCACCGACCUGCACUGCGCCGAGACCUACGCUGUCACCGUGGUUACCAUGGACAGGGGCUGCUAUAGCGACCCAAGCCCUGACGUUGAACUCAGAACAGGUGCCUGUCCCCCCACCAAUGUCACAACGUCUCUGCAGUGUGAUGGCAACAUGGGCACUGUCUCCUGGACGGCCGUUGCCAGGGCGGACAUGUACCUAGCAACAGCCACAGGUGACGACGGACACACCCACACCUGCAGCUCCAACUCCACCGACUGUUCCUUCACCGACCUGCACUGCGCCGAGACCUACGCUGUCACCGUGGUUACCAUGGACAGGGGCUGCUAUAGCGACCCCAGCCCUGACGUUGAACUCAGAACAGGUGCCUGUCCCCCCACCAAUGUCACAACGUUUCUGCAGUGUGAUGGCAACAUGGGCACUGUCUCCUGGACGGCCGUUGCCAGGGCGGACAUGUACCUAGCAACAGCCACAGGUGACGACGGACACACCCACACCUGCAGCUCCAACUCCACCGACUGUUCCUUCACCGACCUGCACUGCGCCGAGACCUACGCUGUCACCGUGGUUAGCAUGGACAGGGGCUGCUAUAGCGACCCCAGCCCUGACGUUGAACUCAGAACAGGUGCCUGUCCCCCCACCAAUGUCACAACGUCUCUGCAGUGUGAUGGCAACAUGGGCACUGUCUCCUGGACGGCCGUUGCCAGGGCGGACAUGUACCUAGCAACAGCCACAGGUGACGACGGACACACCCACACCUGCAGCUCCAACUCCACCGACUGUUCCUUCACCGACCUGCACUGCGCCGAGACCUACGCUGUCACCGUGGUUACCAUGGACAGGGGCUGCUAUAGCGACCCCAGCCCUGACGUUGAACUCAGAACAGGUGCCUGUCCCCCCACCAAUGUCACAACGUCUCUGCAGUGUGAUGGCAACAUGGGCACUGUCUCCUGGACGGCCGUUGCCAGGGCGGACAUGUACCUAGCAACAGCCACAGGUGACGACGGACACACCCACACCUGCAGCUCCAACUCCACCGACUGUUCCUUCACCGACCUGCACUGCGCCGAGACCUACGCUGUCACCGUGGUUACCAUGGACAGGGGCUGCUAUAGCGACCCCAGCCCUGACGUUGAACUCAGAACAGGUGCCUGUCCCCCCACCAAUGUCACAACGUCUCUGCAGUGUGAUGGCAACAUGGGCACUGUCUCCUGGACGGCCGUUGCCAGGGCGGACAUGUACCUAGCAACAGCCACAGGUGACGACGGACACACCCACACCUGCAGCUCCAACUCCACCGACUGUUCCUUCACCGACCUGCACUGCGCCGAGACCUACGCUGUCACCGUGGUUACCAUGGACAGGGGCUGCUAUAGCGACCCCAGCCCUGACGUUGAACUCAGAACAGGUGCCUGUCCCCCCACCAAUGUCACAACGUCUCUGCAGUGUGAUGGCAACAUGGGCACUGUCUCCUGGACGGCCGUUGCCAGGGCGGACAUGUACCUAGCAACAGCCACAGGUGACGACGGACACACCCACACCUGCAGCUCCAACUCCACCGACUGUUCCUUCACCGACCUGCACUGCGCCGAGACCUACGCUGUCACCGUGGUUAGCAUGGACAGGGGCUGCUAUAGCGACCCCAGCCCUGACGUUGAACUCAGAACAGGUGCCUGUCCCCCCACCAAUGUCACAACGUCUCUGCAGUGUGAUGGCAACAUGGGCACUGUCUCUUGGACGGCCGUUGCCAGGGCGGACAUGUACCUAGCAACAGCCACAGGUGACGACGGACACACCCACACCUGCAGCUCCAACUCCACCGACUGUUCCUUCACCGACCUGCACUGCGCCGAGACCUACGCUGUCACCGUGGUUAGCAUGGACAGGGGCUGCUAUAGCGACCCCAGCCCUGACGUUGAACUCAGAACAGGUGCCUGUCCCCCCACCAAUGUCACAACGUCUCUGCAGUGUGAUGGCAACAUGGGCACUGUCUCUUGGACGGCCGUUGCCAGGGCGGACAUGUACCUAGCAACAGCCACAGGUGACGACGGACACACCCACACCUGCAGCUCCAACUCCACCGACUGUUCCUUCACCGACCUGCACUGCGCCGAGACCUACGCUGUCACCGUGGUUAGCAUGGACAGGGGCUGCUAUAGCGACCCCAGCCCUGACGUUGAACUCAGAACAGGUGCCUGUCCCCCCACCAAUGUCACAACGUCUCUGCAGUGUGAUGGCAACAUGGGCACUGUCUCCUGGACGGCCGUUGCCAGGGCGGACAUGUACCUAGCAACAGCCACAGGUGACGACGGACACACCCACACCUGCAGCUCCAACUCCACCGACUGUUCCUUCACCGACCUGCACUGCGCCGAGACCUACGCUGUCACCGUGGUUACCAUGGACAGGGACUGCUAUAGCGACCCAAGCCCUGACGUUGAACUCAGAACAGGUGCCUGUCCCCCCACCAAUGUCACAACGUCUUUGCAGUGUGAUGGCAACAUGGGCACUGUCUCCUGGACGGCCGUUGCCAGGGCGGACAUGUACCUAGCAACAGCCACAGGUGACGACGGACACACCCACACCUGCAGCUCCAACUCCACCGACUGUUCCUUCCCCGACCUGCACUGCGCCGAGACCUACGCUGUCACCGUGGUCACCAUGGACAGGGCCUGCUAUAGCGACCCCAGCCCUGACGUUGAACUCAGAACAGGUGCCUGUCCCCCCACCAAUGUCACAACGUCUCUGCAGUGUGAUGGCAACAUGGGCACUGUCUCCUGGACGGCCGUUGCCAGGGCGGACAUGUACCUAGCAACAGCCACAGGUGACGACGGACACACCCACACCUGCAGCUCCAACUCCACCGACUGUUCCUUCACCGACCUGCACUGCGCCGAGACCUACGCUGUCACCGUGGUUAGCAUGGACAGGGGCUGCUAUAGCGACCCCAGCCCUGACGUUGAACUCAGAACAGGUGCCUGUCCCCCCACCAAUGUCACAACGUCUCUGCAGUGUGAUGGCAACAUGAGCACUGUCUCCUGGACGGCCGUUGCCAGGGCGGACAUGUACCUAGCAACAGCCACAGGUGACGACGGACACACCCACACCUGCAGCUCCAACUCCACCGACUGUUCCUUCACCGACCUGCACUGCGCCGAGACCUACGCUGUCACCGUGGUUACCAUGGACAGGGGCUGCUAUAGCGACCCCAGCCCUGACGUUGAACUCAGAACAGGUGCCUGUCCCCCCACCAAUGUCACAACGUCUCUGCAGUGUGAUGGCAACAUGAGCACUGUCUCCUGGACGGCCGUUGCCAGGGCGGACAUGUACCUAGCAACAGCCACAGGUGACGACGGACACACCCACACCUGCAGCUCCAACUCCACCGACUGUUCCUUCACCGACCUGCACUGCGCCGAGACCUACGCUGUCACCGUGGUUACCAUGGACAGGGGCUGCUAUAGCGACCCCAGCCCUGACGUUGAACUCAGAACAGGUGCCUGUCCCCCCACCAAUGUCACAACGUCUCUGCAGUGUGAUGGCAACAUGGGCACUGUCUCCUGGACGGCCGUUGCCAGGGCGGACAUGUACCUAGCAACAGCCACAGGUGACGACGGACACACCCACACCUGCAGCUCCAACUCCACCGACUGUUCCUUCACCGACCUGCACUGCGCCGAGACCUACGCUGUCACCGUGGUUACCAUGGACAGGGGCUGCUAUAGCGACCCCAGCCCUGAAGUUGAACUCAGAACAGGUGCCUGUCCCCCCACCAAUGUCACAACGUCUCUGCAGUGUGAUGGCAACAUGGGCACUGUCUCCUGGACGGCCGUUGCCAGGGCGGACAUGUACCUAGCAACAGCCACAGGUGACGACGGACACACCCACACCUGCAGCUCCAACUCCACCGACUGUUCCUUCACCGACCUGCACUGCGCCGAGACCUACGCUGUCACCGUGGUUACCAUGGACAGGGGCUGCUAUAGCGACCCCAGCCCUGACGUUGAACUCAGAACAGGUGCCUGUCCCCCCACCAAUGUCACAACGUCUCUGCAGUGUGAUGGCAACAUGGGCACUGUCUCCUGGACGGCUGUUGCCAGGGCGGACAUGUACCUAGCAACAGCCACAGGUGACGACGGACACACCCACACCUGCAGCUCCAACUCCACCGACUGUUCCUUCCCCGACCUGCACUGCGCCGAGACCUACGCUGUCACCGUGGUUACCAUGGACAGGGCCUGCUAUAGCGACCCCAGCCCUGACGUUGAACUCAGAACAGGUGCCUGUCCACCCACCAAUGUCACAACGUCUCUGCAGUGUGAUGGCAACAUGGGCACUGUCUCCUGGACGGCCGUUGCCAGGGCGGACAUGUACCUAGCAACAGCCACAGGUGACGACGGACACACCCACACCUGCAGCUCCAACUCCACCGACUGUUCCUUCACCGACCUGCACUGCGCCGAGACCUACGCUGUCACCGUGGUUACCAUGGACAGGGCCUGCUAUAGCGACCCCAGCCCUGACGUUGAACUCAGAACAGGUGCCUGUCCACCCACCAAUGUCACAACGUCUCUGCAGUGUGAUGGCAACAUGGGCACUGUCUCCUGGACGGCCGUUGCCAGGGCGGACAUGUACCUAGCAACAGCAACAGGUGACGACGGACACACCCACACCUGCAGCUCCAACUCCACCGACUGUUCCUUCACCGACCUGCACUGCGCCGAGACCUACGCUGUCACCGUGGUUACCAUGGACAGGGGCUGCUAUAGCGACCCCAGCCCUGACGUUGAACUCAGAACAGGUGCCUGUCCCCCCACCAAUGUCACAACGUCUCUGCAGUGUGAUGGCAACAUGGGCACUGUCUCCUGGACGGCCGUUGCCAGGGCGGACAUGUACCUAGCAACAGCCACAGGUGACGACGGACACACCCACACCUGCAGCUCCAACUCCACCGACUGUUCCUUCACCGACCUGCACUGCGCCGAGACCUACGCUGUCACCGUGGUUACCAUGGACAGGGGCUGCUAUAGCGACCCCAGCCCUGACGUUGAACUCAGAACAGGUGCCUGUCCCCCCACCAAUGUCACAACGUCUCUGCAGUGUGAUGGCAACAUGGGCACUGUCUCCUGGACGGCCGUUGCCGGGGAGAACAUGUACCUAGCAACAGCCACAGGUGACGACGGACACACCCACACCUGCAGCUCCAACUCCACCGACUGUUCCUUCACCGACCUGCACUGCGCCGAGACCUACGCUGUCACCGUGGUUACCAUGGACAGGGGCUGCCAUAGCGACCCCAGCCCUGACGUUGAACUCAGAACAGCACUGUGUCCACCCAUCGACCUGGAGGGCAUGGUGUCCUGUUCCACCAACAUCCUGUCCCUGACCUGGGAUGCCAGCCCAGUGUACGGGGCCAAUUACAUCUUACACUCCCAGAAGAUAGGGGGCGCUAACACCACCACUUCAUACCCAACCUCUAACACCUCCCUAUUCAUCACCGGCCUGCAGUGCGGGGAACGCUACGAAUUCCAGGUCGUCACUAGCGACGGGACCUGCAACAGCAGUCUGAGCCGUCCACUGGAGAUGGAUACAGCUCCAUGCCAGCCAACCCACCUGGCUGCACAUGUGGACUGUGGAACCAACCGAGGCAACAUCUCCUGGUUCGAGAGCGUUGGUGCCUCCUACUAUGUCGCUGAGGUGACGGGUGGCCAUGGGCACGUGGCUUCUUGUACCUCCAACGAUACCUCCUGUGCGGUGAAACUGCACUGCGGGCGGACGUACUCGGCUACACUGGUUGCCUCCACUGACUCCUGCAACAGUACUCUACACGCCACCAUUGAAUUUGACUCAGCCCCCUGUCUGCCUGGGAACGUGUUGGCAGAGCUGGACUGUAUCUCCAACAUGUUAGCGGUCCAGUGGCAGCCGACCACUGGGGAUGCAGACGACACCUACACAGCCCUGGCCAUCGGCAGUGACGGCUACCAGGCCUCCUGUAACUCCACCUCUAACUCCUGCAGCAUCCCCAAUCUGCAGUGUGGCCAGACCUACGAGGUGGCUGUCACCUCGUCCUCCAUCAACUGUUCCAUCAUCGCUGGAUCAGACUACCGUGUUCAGUCUGCCCCCUGUAAGCCCCAGAACACCACGGUGGACCUGGAGUGCAGCACCAACGUUGCCACGGUGAUCUGGGAUCUGACCAGCACGUCUCAGAACUACACGGUGACGGCCACGGACAUGUCAGGCACCAACACCAGCUGCAGCACCAACGAGACCAGUUGCUCCUUCUCCCAGCUGAGUUGUGGCGAGAUGUACACCUUCAGCGUCAUGGGCCAUACCAACGUGUGCAUGAGCGAGGUCAGCUCUCCCAUGCAGAUGCUCACAGCUCCUUGCGUGUCCACUAACAUAGCCUCCAGUCUAGACUGUGGUACAGACAUGGCCUUCAUCACUUGGAACAGUGCCGUGGGAGCUACAGCCUACACCGUACAGGCGGAGGGUAACCAUGGUCACAAGUCCUCCUGCAGCGACACAGGCACACAAUGUUCGCUUAAAAACCUGGCAUGCGGGCAGGAAUACUCUGUUGUUGUUGUAGCAAUGCACACCGGCUGUCCUGGUCCAGGCAGUCAGGCUGUAACGUUCACUACAGCUCCCUGCUCUCCUCAAUCUGUGGAAACCCAACUGGACUGCACGUCUGGAAGGUUGAAUGUUUCAUGGCUACCGAGUGUCGGGGCGACCCGCUACCACGCCAUGGUGCAAGACAGAAGUAACGUCAUGAUGUGUGACACCAAUACAACUUCCUGUGUUGUCCCCAACCUGAGCUGUGGCAACGCCUACAACGUUACCAUAGUAGCACAGGGCCAAUCCUGCAACAGAUCCCACAGCGCAGCCAAUGAGAUUUCAACAGCACCCUGCCCCCCUACCUCCCUCUCAGCCACUGUGGACUGCUCCACCAACAUCGCUAUGGUCACCUGGGACUCCCAGAAUGCACAGGGGGUGGUGUACAGUGCUCGGGCAUCAGACGUACAGGGUAGUUCAGUAGAAUGUAACACCACAGACUCUAACUGUGCUCUGACUAAGCUGCAGUGUGGCAGUGAAUACAAUGUCACCGUCACAGCCUCAAAGGACAACUGCUCGAGCAUCCCAAGCUUGACGUUUACCUUCACUACAGCGCCCUGUGUGCCCCUCCUCUCUGAUGUCCAGCUGCUCUGCUCCUCUGACUCCGCCUCUAUCACCUGGGCAACGGCUGCAGGGGCGGAGCUGUAUGAAGUCACAGCGGAAGACGGCCAGGGUGGGAGCCUGCAGUGUAACUCCAGGGAUGUCACUUCCUGCCAGGUGUCCAGCCUGCAGUGUGGACAGCAGUAUGUUUUCAGUGUGACUGCCUCAGACAGGCUGUGUGCCAGCCCUCCCAGUGCUAUGAUACAGUCAAUGACAGCCCCUUGUCCUCCGCAGAACAUCCACACCUCAGUGGGCUGUGAGAACCGCACCGCCUACAUUAGCUGGGCCCACAGCCAGGGGGCGCUGUCUUAUACAGCUAGACUACACAGGGCUGGUGGAGAGGCAGCUUCCUGCUCCUCCAAUGCCACCGGCUGUGACAUCACUUCCCUUCCCUGCGGAGAGACGUACACAGUGACGGUGACUGCAGAGGGACAUACCUGCAACAGCUCCCAAAGCUCGGAAUCCUCUAUCAAGACAGCUCCAUGUGUGCCCUCUGCUCCCGUGUCCAACCUGAGCUGCAGCACCAACAUGGCCGCCAUGACCUGGAACAGCAGCCUGGGGGCCGACCUUUACUCUGUAAUAGCCAAUAGCAGUGCAGGUCACUCUGGCAACUGCCAAUCAGCAGGCAUGAGUUGUGAACUGACGACCUUACUGUGUGGACAGACAUACACGGUCACAGUGACAGCUCAGGACAGCAUGUGCACCAGCGCUAGCAGCCAGUCAGUGGAAGUCAAGACAGUUCCCUGCGUGCCCACCUAUGUCAUGACCACUUCUGACUGCCUGUCCAAUGCUGUGACUGCUUCCUGGUUUGCGAGUGACGGUUCAGAGUACUACACCGCCACGUUGGAGGACGGUGACGGCAUGUCUACCACCUGUAAGUCGAUGGGGAAGCAAUGUAACGUCACAGGACUUCAGUGUGGACAGGUCUACCAUGUGACUGUAGCUGGGUCAGAUGACCAGUGCACCAGCCCACAGAGCGUUGACACCCAUACCCACUCAGUGCCUUGCUUGCCCAGCUCCAUUCAGGCCAUCAUGGACUGCGAGGCGGUCUCCGCCACCGUAUCCUGGCAACCCAGCGCCGGCGCCUUGUCCUACGUCACCAUGGUAACGGCCAGGUCGGGCCACAACGCUAGCUGUGCCACCAACCACACCAACUGUGAAAUGAGUGGUCUGGAAUGUGGGGAGGAACACACUGUGACUGUGAAGGCUCUGGGAAAGAGCUGCAGUAGUGUGGCACAGAUGACAGGACACCUCACCACAGAGCCCUGUGUGCCCAUGUAUCUCAGUGUGUCCUACAGCCUGUCCAUCGCUCAGCUGUUCUGGGACAUGGCUAAAGGUGCCAGCUCCUACUCUGCCCAGGCCAUCACUGACCAGGGCCUUACGGUCAGCUGUCACACCAACGAAACCUACUGUGACCUGCCCGGCAUGGCCUGCGGACAGAUCUACAAUGUCACCGUCUCUGCUAGCAACAGCGCCUGUAACAACAGUGUCACCACCAAGCCCUACAUCCUGAUGACAGAGCCCUGUCCACCCACCAACGUGCAGGCCAGUAUGGACUGUAACACUCUGACAGGCUCUGUCUCCUGGGAAGCGAGUGAUGUCGCUGUGGGUUACGCUGUCGUCCUGGGAGGCCAGGAUGGCCACUCCAUCGACUGUCUCACCACGACAACCAGCUGUGACAUGGGAGGGCUGAACUGCGGCACGGUGUACCAUGUCUAUGUCAGAGCGCUGGGAGUACAGUUCAACAGUUCAGUCUCCUCUGGAGUCAGUCUCUCACCAGCCCCAUGUCUCCCCAGCAGUGUGCAGGCCCAGGUGGACUGUGGGAGCGAUGGCGCUGCCCUGCUGUCCUGGAGCUACACUGAUGGAGCCAAUAACUAUACCCUUUCUGCCAAUGGGGUGGAGGGCGAGGCAGUCUCCUGCACCACCCAGCAGAACCACUGUAAUGUCACGGGUCUGUCCUGCGGGGGACACUAUAACGUCACACUCACCGCCACCAACCAGGAGUGUCAGAUCACUGUCCCCAUCAACGCCAGCUUCGACACACGUCCGUGCGCGCCCCAGCAUGUUGCUGUAGACUUGACAUGUGGCACCCAGAUAGCCGACCUGUCCUGGGAGGAGAGGUCGGAGGUUGAGCUGUAUGUGUCUAGCGCCGCCAGGUGGUCCGAUGGGGCAGUGCAGCACUGUAGCUCCAUUGGCUCUACCUGUCACUUCACUGACCUGACCUGUGGAGAAACCUACAGCUUCACUGUGACCGCAAGGGCCAACGGCUGCCACAGCCCACCCAGCAACACUGUUCAGAUUAACACAGAGCCAUGCCAGCCUACGGGUGUUACCUCCCAGCUGUUGUGUAACAGCGAGCAGUUCCUCCUCUCCUGGCACCCGGCCAGCGGCGCGGCGCUCUACAUGGUCACCGCCACAGGGAACCUGGGAUACGUGGAGGCCUUCAACACCACCGACACCUCCCUGUCGGCCUCGCUGCCCUGCGGACAGACCUACAGUGUCACUCUGCUGGGCCAGGACCAGCGCUGUGACAGCCAGCCCAGCACCCCCAUCACCUUGAAAACUGCUCCCUGUGUGCCCCAGGCAGUGGAGACCGAUGUAGAGUGUGGGGCCAGCAUGGGCUCAGUGAGCUGGAUGCCCAGUGACGGUGCCGACACCUACACGGCCAUAGCCAUCGGACGGGACGCGCACACACACCCGUGUGUCACCAACAACACCUCCUGCACAUGGAGCAACCUGCAUUGUGGAGAGGAGUACACCGUCCAUGUGACGUCAGGGGACGACAUCUGCACCAGCUCACCUGGCAACAGCACCAUCAUCCAUAUGGGGCCCUGUGCUCCUGGUAACCUGCAGACUAGCCUCCAGUGCAGCACCAACUCUACCUCAGUGACCUGGGACAGAGGCAGUGGAGCACUGUCCUAUAUGGUUGUAGGAGAGGCUACCAACAGCCACAUUACCUCCUGUAACUCUAGCGCCACCUACUGUGAUCUGGAGGGAUUGCAGUGUGGCCAGAUGUACAACAUCUCAGUCCACUCUAUGGAUGGAGUCUGUAGGAGCAUUCAGAGUGUCAGCUCAGACGUGCAAACGGCCCCCUGCCCGCCCCAGAAUGUGGCUGCCCAGGUGCACUGUGCCUCAGGGAUCAUGUUGGUGACCUGGGAACCCAACAUGGAUGCCUGGUUUUUCCUGGUGGAUGCAGUGACAGAGGGAGGGAGCAGCCACUCCUGUAACACUACAGACACCCAGUGCUCCAUCACCAGUCUUCCCUGUGGAGAGAGCUUCUCUGUCCAGGUCACCGCUGCCAGAGGAGGCUGCCACAGCAUGCCAAGUCAGGCUCUCAACGUCUCAUCAGCCCCAUGCAUGCCCAUGAGGGUGAACGGUAGCCAGAACUGUGUGACUAACUCUGCCUGGGUGUCCUGGGCCCCUGCUCUGGGGGUGGACAGAUACAUGGUGACUGCUGAUGGCGUGGGGGGGUUCAACUCCUCCUGCUCCAUCCCCGGCUUUGACACCACCUGUGAGGUGCCUGACCUGGCCUGCGGCGUGCGCUACACCUUCUCUGUUACUGCUAGCAACGGACACUGUGAUAGUCCACCCAGUGCGACCUUCGACCUCGAGACAGCUCCCUGCACCCUGGCAAGCAUCACCGCCUUCACCCAGUGUCACAACUCCUCCAUCCGGGUCCUGUGGGAGCCCAUGGAGGGCAGCGUGGGAAACUCUGUGUACACCGCCACAGCGGAGGCCAGUGACCGCAGCGUGCUGACCUGCAACAGCUCUGCCAGCAGCUGUGACCUGGAGGGGGCGCUCUGCGGUCUGCACUACACCGUCAUCGUAGCAGCAUCAUCAGACUGCUGCACCAGUCAGAGGAGUCCUCCUUAUAGGAUCAGCAUGGAACCCUGCCCACCCCAGGGUGUGGUCAUCAGCUCCUCCUGUGAGUCCCAUGGAGCGCACGUGUCCUGGACCGCGUCCCCUGUGGCUGAGACCUACCUCAUGAUCGCAACGGGUGGAAAUGGUGACGUGCGGUCCUGCAACACGACCGCCAGCAACUGCUCCCUGUCUGCGCUGCAGUGUGGUCAGCAGUAUGCCGUCUCUGUGACCGCUAGCCACGAGAACUGCUCCAGUAUGGCCAGCCAGAACGUCACGUUCAAUACGGUGCCCUGCCAGCCAGACGGUCUGUCCGUGUUGGUCCAGUGUGUCAACUACUCUGCGCUGCUAUCGUGGACAGUCAGAGGUGGUGUUGUGGACUACUGGGGCUGUGCCCAGGCUGAGGAUGGCAUCAUGCUUUACUGUGGGAGCACAGGGACCUCCUGUACCAUCACAGGGCUGGAGUGUGGUGCCCAGUACAACUUCUCUGUUCAGGCCUCAGACGGCACCUGCAACAGCUCCUUCAGUGAGCCUCUGCUGGCUGGAGCAGCUCCCUGUCCCCCAGAGACCAUGGCAGUGACCAUGUUCCCCAUGCAGAACCAGACCCAGUUUUUGCGUGCUUCCUGGACCCAUGUGAACUGUCCCAACGUCCAAUACCUGCUGGAGGUGACCGGGAGCAUCCUGGGAGACAGCCAAUCCCUGUUCGAGCUGUCUUCCUAUUGGACCAGCUCCAGCUUCUUUGAGCUGCUCCUCCCCUGUGGCUCGUCCUAUAGCGCGACAGUGAGGAGCAGGAACUUUGCAGGUGACAGCGCCCCCUCUGUGGCCAUCACUGGAAUCACAGCCCCUUGCCCUCCAGCGGUGGUGACCUACAGUGGUUCCAACUCCUCGGCCACCAUCUCGUGGAAUGGUUCCGUCUACGCCACCAUGUAUACGGUGUAUGACAUCAGUGGCGUGGUGCGGACCCAGGUGUGCAGCACGGUACAGCUGUCCUGUUCCCUGGCCAACCUCGACUACAACAACCUGGAGGUCACCGCUAGCAACACUGCCGGGGAGAGCGACCCCACCAGGGAAAUAACAGUGCAUCACUUGAAAAGGAGAGAUCUCAGUGAAGAAGAGAUGAUCUCAGAGACGGGUCUGUCCAUGCCCGAGGUGCAGGUCACCGUGGAAACGCUAAACGUCCUCCUAGUGGAGUGGUCCCGAGUGAAGGGGGCGGCCUACUACACCCUGGUGGUCCGAGAGCAGAGUUCUCACCCCCGCUACGCCAGCCGCUCCCAGAUACUGACCGUGUACGGCGAGAGCUCCAUCGUCACUGACCUCAAUCCUUCCUCCACUUACUGCCUAUCUGUGUCUGCCCAGACAGAGGCCAGCAAGGGGCCCGACUCAGAGCCUGUGUGUGUGGAGACUGUGGCACCUGCAGUCAAGAUGUGAAGGGGGGUUCUGGACUGAAGAAAAGAAGUAGAGCCAUGAAUGUAUCUGAAUAUAUGGCUCUAAUCAUGGGUAUCACAGAACGAGAAUGUAAUACAGUCUCUGGAUCUUUUGGUGCCAACAUGGGCACGGCAACCCACAAGCAAUUGUUCAAUCUCAAAUCAGUCUGCCUUACUCUGUAAAACUAAGGUCUCCUUUGGGAAAGUGGUCUUCUAACUUCCUGGUUAAACGCAAAAGCUACAGUAUGGCUCUGGUCGGCGUUACAGGGCCGAUGGCAGUAUGUAUUGUAUGGUCACUGCAGACAGCUGAAUGCUAUAGCACAGUGUUUCCCAACUCGUCUUCCAGUACCUCCAGCAGUACACGUUGUUGUUCUAGCCCUUGACAAAUGCACCUUAUUCCUUGAGGGAUUUAUGAUUAGUUGACAAGUUGAAUCAGGUGUGCUUGUCCAGGGUAACAAUAAAAAUGUGUUCUGUUGGUUGUACUGGAGGUCCAGGGUUGGGAAACACUGCUAUAGUGGACCGUAACGUUUUCUAAAUUGACUGUAUUUUUUUUUUAAAGGUUUGGGGUAGCUUUUUCUGCGGUGUGAUGGUUGAGAUAUCGUAUCCAAAGUGGUGAUUUCCUAUCUCUUUGCCUGUUGUAUCAAGUAGUAGAAAAUAUUUGUAUGACUUGUGAGAAACGACCUGUGAAGUAUACUAUUCCUAACACAUCAUCCUCAUCCUCCAAGCUGAAGUUGGUGAAAUCAAAGCUCAAACGUAUUUCUAGUUUUUGUGUAAUUUUUACAAUACCUUCAACAAGUUAAUUUUAAUGACUGUUUUAUAUGCAUCUUUCCUUUUUAUUACUUAUGUAUACUGAACAAAAAUAUAAAUGCAACAUGCAACAAUUUCAACAAUUUUACUGAGUUACAGUGAAUAUAAGGAAAUCAGUCAAUUUAAAUAAAUUCAUAAGGCCCUAAUCUAUGGAUUUCACAUGCACAGCCAUAGGCCCACCCACUUGGCAGCUAGGCCCACCCAAUCAGAAUUCGUUUUCUCCCACAAAAGGGCUUUAUUACAGACAGAAAUACUCCUCGGUUUCAUCAGCUGUCCAGGUGGCUGGUCUCAGACAAUCCUGCAGGUGAAGAAGCCAGAUGUGGAGGUCCUGAGCUGGCGUGGUUACACGUGGUCUGCGGUUAUGAGGCCGGUUUGACAUACUAUCAAAUUCUCUAAAACGAAGUUGGAGGUGGCUUAUGGUAGAGAAAUUAACACAUUUCAAACAGCUCUGGUGGACAUUCCUGCAGUCAGCAUGCCAAUUGCAUGCUCCUUGAGACAUCUGUGCACAUUUUUAGAAUGGCCUUUUAAUGGUUUAAUCAGCUUCUUGAUAUGCCACACCUGUCAGGUGGAUGAAAUCUUUUGGCAAACGAGAAAUGCUCACUAAAAGGAAUGUAAACAAAUUUGUGCACAAAAUAUGGGAGAAAAAAGCUUUUUGUGGGUAUGGAACAUUUCUGGGAUCUUUUAUUUCAGCUCAUGAAACAUGGGACCUUUACAUGUUGCGGUUAUAUUUUUGUUCAGUAUAUAUGAGAAAGUAUGUGUAUCUUUAUUGAAGAGUAAUAUAUCUGGCUGUAUUUUCAAUAACAGAUGAUUUGUAAUGUACUGUGCCAUUUUCUUGACUAUCUUUAUCAAGAGAAACGGUCAGACAAAAAUUAUCAAAAUGUACAACUUUUCCACUUUCAUUCAUUCAAAUUCAUUGUCAUUCAGUACAAAAUAGAAUAUAGAAAAUA